GUCGGCCCAGCAGGUUGGCGCACCCUAGAGAGACGCUAGUGCCGCCGCGCGCUCAUCGCCCGCGAUCGAGGGGGAGCAGAUUCAAAUCCUCUCACGCUCGAUUCUUCUUCUCCUCCGAAGCCCUAACAUCGCCACUCUUCUGCCCCAAUGCACCGCCUGUCCGCUCCCUCGCGACUUCUCUUGUUCUACAGGGCCUCUGCUCCGCCGCGCUGGUGGCCACCAGCGCUUGCGCGACGAGACGCUCCAGUCAUGGCGGCACCCAGUCCACUUGCCCAUCGUGUACCACGACUUCCUCAUGGAUCUCGGAACAUGGCCAUAAGCAGCAGAGUAAAAGGCGAGUUGGGUAAACCAGACAGGCGCCGGCUCAUCCCUUCUGCCGUCGACCCUAUCCAUGCCUCCAAUGAUACCAGGAUUUCCCUGGGCAAGCACUUUCCGGUCACCCAAGGCAUGAAUAAUGAAGAGAAUAGGGGCGCAAUUGAGGAGUUCAUUGGUCCUUAUGGCUAUGGCUGUCCUGCCAAUGGUGAACAUGCUGGGAGGAAAAUUGUGCAUGUCAUUUAUGGUGAUGAAGAUGCUUGUAGGAUAACCGUUGAGGUCACCGAUGGCAAACAAGAUCCAAGGGAGGCAACUGAGGAUGUCAUUGCUUUGUGUAGUGAUGGCCGUCCUGGCAACGACGAAGAAAAUACGAGGGGCCAAAGUGCCAGCGAGGUCAGUGAUGAUGAAGAAUGUUUGAGUUGGACAGCAGAGAUGCCUACUUGUUACCCCCGAGACGGUGUUCCCCGUGCGCUUCCACUUUUAUGGAGUAGCCACCGUGAUGGUUCUAUAUACAGGGACAACUGUCAUUGGAAAAAAGAAUUUCGUAUUGCGGACCGUAAUGAGACUCGGUUGGAGGCAAUGAUGCUAUCAGAUCCCAGCAAACAUUGCAUUCUGAAUGGUGAAACUUGCGUAAAUCAUAGACCAUGUGCCAUGUGGCAAAUUUUCUCAUUAAAGUUGGCCAAAAUUCUCGUGGACGGCGGGUCAGUAGAGUUAUAUGGAUACAUUGCAGCGCGUGAUAAUCUGGAUCAAUUACUUAAUUAUGUUGUCAAUAUUAGCAGGGAUGAUCCCAUCAUUGUGGAACAGGGUUCCCUCAUCGAAAUGACUGGCCCUAAGCGAGGGAUCGAUUUGUCUAGCAAUGUGCUAAUUGAAUAUGACAUCAGGAUCAAGAGAGGAGAUCGAGAAAAAGAUGACCUGCAGCUGAUAGAUGGUACAUCAAUCAUUAAUGAACUGAUCUCAUCGCCUGAACCAUUCACAAAACGCAUUCAUGGAAAUUAUGGCGCAGUUGACAUGAAUCAAAUGUGUCUUUACUACGCAGUGGAAGCAACGGUAGAAGUCAUCAUAUCAGAAGUGCAGAGUAGUUUCGAUUUGUGUCUCAGCUGUUUUACCAGUGGGUUGCAUGAGGAAAUUCGACUCUUUGAUGGCUCGAUUGGUGAGUCAUGUGGCUUAAGGAGGCAUGUGGUUGCUGUUCAGAUGGGUACCUCUAUGGAUUUGAUGUUCAAGAUAGGUUCAGGGUCUUACUGUUCCGCUGAACAUUGUUGUUCCUUCAAAGCGGUGAAUCAUGGAUGUGCCAGUCAACAAAUAAAGAUCGAGUUGGCCUCAAUCUUGGUGAAGGUGACUUGGUCGACUUUGAAUUUUUUCCUACUGUGAUACGUCAGUCUGUCUUGUGCUUGCGUUUGGUUUGUCCUUGGUUGAUUUUCUCAAUGUGCUCGAGCUUAAUUUGUUACCAACAUAUUUGUGUCAGAAUUUUCUCUUCCUC